GAGAUUCACUAGCCAUCCUAACCGGGCAUCUGCUGUUCCAGUGCGCUGUUCCCAGCCACCCCACCCCAGAGGCAGAUGCAUCUCAGCUCCAGGUCUGUCCCAGCCCAAACCCCAGCCAUGGACAGAGCCCUGCCGCCACAGCAGGAUGCAAGGGAAUGGGAGCUCCGGGAUCAGGGGACCCCCUGGAGAGCAGGGGGUCCUGCCCCCCCUGCAGCCACUCUGAGGGUCCUGAUCCUCGCCCUGCUCUGGAGGGAGUCCCUAGCCCAACAGCCUGGAUUUACCCUGAAGGUGCCGCAGUCGGUGUCGAUGCAGGAAGGUCUCUGCGUUCUCGUCCCCUGUACCUUCGCGUACCCAGUCUCGUACGACACUAAGAAUUCCCCAGCCCGGCUCUACAGAUACUGGUACAAGGAUCCAGCCGAUGUGAGUCAUGAGUCGCUCGUGGCCAGCAGUGACUCCAGCCGGGAGGCGUCGCAGGAGACCCAGGGCAGGUUCCAGCUGGCGAAGAAGCCAGCCGACGGCGACUGCUCCCUGCAAAUCAGCGAUGCCCGAUGGAUGGAUGCAGGGAAAUAUUUCUUUAGAGUCAAGAAAGGAACAUUGAAAUACAAUUACCUCUCCAAUUCCGAUGGCACUGUUGCAAAGCUCGCGAUCUCCGUGCCAGGGCUGACGGAGGAGCCAGAGAUCCAGAUCUCGCCGGCGCGGGAGCUGCCAGGGAUGCUGCUGGCCGGGGAGCCGGUGACUGUGACCUGCACAGCCCCUGGGCGCUGCUCCGAGCCCCCUUCCCAAGUCAUCUGGACGGGGUCGUUCAGCGACACAGCCCGGGACGUCUCAGCCCAGCUGGUGAACAGCACCUAGGCCCACAGCUCCACACUCAGCUUCACACCCGGCCCAGGGGACCACAGCAAAGAGCUCGUCUGCACCGUCACCUAAAGGCCACCAUGGGGACGGUCCUCCCACAGAACCGUCCAGCUCCAUGUCACCUCUCCCACAGGUGGCCUCACUCGGGCAUUUAUCGAAAUCAGCUGCAAACUCAUCUUCAUGGUGACUGGAUUCUUCCUGGCCUAUUACCUCACCUUGCUCUAUUACAGACGGACACCCUGCUGUUCUCGUGGAAGCAGAAGGAAGGAGAGGCCGGGGGCCAGGGAAUCCACGGUGCCCGAGUCCGGCGUGUAGAUCGGGACAUUCCUCAGCCACUGAAGAGCUGACAAAGAACUGGAAUCUCAGGGGACUGAGGAGACAGAGAAUGAGUCCUCAGCUCAGGGAACUGCCACCCUGGGUGAGGCCAACCGGCCGAUCUAGCCUGAUAUCCUGCCCCCUCCCUACCUCUCCAGAUGAGCCCCAUCAUGGGCCCAUCUAGCCUGGUAUCCUGCCCCCUCCCUGCCUCUCUGAAUCAUACCCAUGGGCCUGAGAAGCAGAUGGAAGCUGCUUGUAAUGUUUAUAUGACCAGUAGAUGUUCUGUUUAUUGCCUUGAUGAUUAUGACUCUGUUGGCUCUGUGGUGACCACCCGGCACCCAGAUACCCCGGUGACAAACACAUUAUGAGACCCUCAAGAGAACAGAGCAGAGCAGAUGAUGAUAGUUACUAAUCCCUGCAAGAAAGUGCCCAACCCAGGAGCUCUGAUGGCCAUUCCCAGCCAGCGCGGGGAGAAAGUUUCACUGACAAACUAUUUUUUGGGUGCCAAAUGCAAAUUUGACAACACCAAAACUUUGUGUAAAUCUGGGUCUAUUUUGCCAAUUCGUUUGUUUGGGGAAAAAAGCCUCCCGAAAUUUCCCAAAAUUUAAAGUUUUCAUUUAGUCAUUUUUAAAAAGAAACAUUUCACUUUCUCGAUUCAAAUGCACUGUAUGGUUUCAAAUUUCCAUAUUUUACUUUGUAAUUAAAAAACAUCUAAAAUGCUAGAAAUCGAAACAAAAUGAUUCAUCCUCAAACCAAAUCUAUUUCUGACCUUUUAGUUUGCUGAACAUUUUGACCAAUUUCCAUUUUUAGUUUUACAUGAAAAGAUUUUUUACUGCUGACUUUGGGUUCCCUCAAAAUUUAUCAGAUUAUGCUUUUCAGAUUGACCCCCAAGUAUUUUUUUCAAAUGUUUGGUUCGCCAAAAACGUCAACAAUUUUUCUUUUUGUUUCGACCCAAACAGUUUUCGAUUUGCUAAAAUUUGUGACCAAUUUCUGUUUCAAGCCACAAGCCAGGUGAGGAAUGGGGCACUGGGUCUUUUCCCUCUCGUGGGUGAUGGCUUCGAUCCAGCUCCAGGGUGGGGGACUACCUGGCUUAGGUGGUAGAGGUGGGAUACCAGUGAUGAUGAGUGCAGGCUGUGUUGCUUGGUAGCUGUGCUGAACAAUUUCCCCUUGGUGAUGUGCAGAUAAUAGCAGCCCUUGUCCCUGCCUCACAUGUUCUCGAUGCCCAAGGAGCAGCCCCCGUUCUCCAGGUACCCCCGCAUCCAGAAGUGGCCCUGUGCCUCCCCCAACACCUCUCUGCAGAGGAUGUUGGUAGCGAUGGGUUUCCCCCAGAACACGUCCGCUUGCUCCAUGAACCAAGGCCCACAGAUCCCUACAUCCAAUCCAGGCCAUUUCAGUGGCCUGAAUGUGCAGGGGAUGAUGAAGCAGAGACUCACCCAGGCUCACACCAAUUCUGGGACCCUCAGGCCCAGGUCUGGGCUCUGGGCAAAGAAGCCUGCAUAGGAGAGAUGGGAUGGGAGGAACACGCUGUUCUUGAUGGAGCCACCAGAUGGCACAGUUACACAAAGCCAGACAUAGUGUGUGAGCAAGUGUUAAGUCUUUGGAGGAAUGCUGGAUUGAUUGUGUUCAAUAUUUUUAUGUAGAUAUAUACCGUGCGGUGACUCUCCGCCAGCAUAACACAGAAGGUUUAUUGAAUGUCUGAACCCAGCACAGGCAGUUCUCAUGGCCCUCAAACCUAGCCAAUCUCAGCACUGUCCAGCUGGGUCUGUCCCCAUCCAGAUAGCUCAGUUCAGAAGCGACCUCCUUCCACCAGCCCCUCCUCUACCCUUUGUCUAUGUCCCUGGGCAAACAGGUCACCUGGGCACCAUCUCUAGCAUCCUUUGUUCCUUAACUGACCAGAACCAGUUGCCUUAUGGGGCCCUCUCUCCUCCACUCUUUGUCCUCCUAGGGGCUGUCAGAGUUCCCUCCCUACUCUGAACUCUGGCGUACAGAUGUGGGGACCAGCAUGAAAGACUCCUCAAGUUUAUUUUUACCAGCUUAG